CAGCUCUGCUGUGCCCUGCCUCCCAGAAUCUGCUGGCCCAGGCAUUCUUCCCUUAGACUUGGGGCCUGCCAAAGGGUGUUUUGGGCCCCCCUCCCUCCAUGAGGCUUUCAAAUGCAAAGCGACCUGGUUUGUCCAGAGCUCUCUGAAUCCCUGGGGAAAUGCACAGCUAAAUUCAGCUGGGGCCACUUCAGAUCCACUUGCCCAAGCCAGUGCCAUCCAGAGGACCCCUCGCAGAAGACAGGAAAUACAGAGAGAUGGAAAUCCCAGUUCUACCCCACCAGGGUCAAGUGCAGCGUGUGGAGGAAUCCUGAGGAAUUUGAUGAGAAAUCGGGGACGCCCCUGGGAAUUCAGACCGGUGGAAAGAUGGCCAAUCCUGUCCCGUCAGCCUGCUGCGUGGUGCUCGCCGCAGUCGUGAUGGUGUACGCUCAGAGACACAGCGAGCUGGACAUGCAGGUCCAGUACGAGCGGCUGGGCGCAGACGUGACCAUGCAGUGCGGGGCGAUGGACUGGGACGCGGCCGUGACCUGGUCGGCCAACGGCACCGACAUGGAUGAGUCCCACCUCAACGGGUCGCGCCUGGUGCUGCGCAACGUUGACCUCACACGCACUGGCCAGUACGCCUGCUACGAAGGCUCCUCGUGGCACCUCAAAUACCAGACCUACCUGAAAGUGGGAACCUCGCCCAAGGAGCCAGUGCUGAUGUGUCGAUCCAACAACUACCCCAAGGGAUUCUACUGCAGUUGGCACCUGCCCAGUCCCACGUACAUCCCCAACACCUUCAAUAUCACCGUCAUGCAUGGCCCGAGAGAGUUGGUCUGUGAGAAAGACGCUUUCCCCAAAAACAGGUGUCACAUCAGAUAUCUCCAGCUGUUCUCCACGGUGAAGUACAAGGUGACCUUGACAGUCACGAAUGCCCUGGGCAGAAACGCCACCACAAUCACCUUUGACGAGUUCGCUAUAGUAAAGCCGGACCCUCCAGAGAACGUGGUGGCCAAGCCAGUAUCCAACAACCCCCGGAGGCUCGAAGUGAGGUGGCAGAACCCUUCCUCUUGGCCUGACCCCGAGUCCUUUCCGCUCAAAUUCUUCUUGAGGUAUCGCCCCCUCAUCCUUGACCAGUGGCAACAUGUGGAGCUGUCUGACGGGACGUCCCACACCAUCACCGACGCCUACGCCGGCAAGGAGUACAUCAUCCAGGUGGCCGCCAAGGACAACGACAUCGGCACGUGGAGCGACUGGAGCGUCGCUGUGCAUGCCACGCCCUGGACGGAGGAGCCCAAGCACCUCACCACGGAAGCCCCGGUGGCAGAGACGACGACCACCAGCAGCUCCUCCUUUGUGCCGCCCCCCACCACCAAGAUCUGCGACCUGGAGGCCGUUGUCGGCAGCGGGGCCGUGACCAUGUCCUGGGCGGCGGGAUUGGUACUGGCAGCAGCUGGCGUUCUGUUUAUUUAAUCCCCCCCUCGCAGCCCCCCGGAGGAGACCACCCCCCGCCCCCCGUCUGAAUCUAUUUUCUCUUCUAUUUUGCACACGUUAAGGCGGACGUAUCACAUUUCUCUUCAUCGCUUCACUUUGUAGAAGGACAGACCUGCCGCGCCGCGAGGAUUUCCCCGCCCCGAACUGCCGGGGGGACCGCGGAACCUUUACAAAAAGAGAGAGAGAGAGCGAGAGAGAGAGACGCCCCCACUCCCCUGAUGCCCCCCCCCAAACAGCGAGACGCCAACCCCGGCCGCGCUGCAGAGGAGAGUGCCAGCCGCCCUGGGCGAGAGAUCGGAUCAUACAGCUAAACCGCCAUGCCAAAGAUGCUUCGCUACUUCGCUUCACGCCCACGGCGCUCUGCUGCCCCCGCUGCCACAACACGGGUGACAAAACGUGUCAAACACACACAGGACGGGGGAGGAGCCUCGAAACCACAAUGAGCCUCGUAAGGGGGCGACCCCCUCCACCCGCUCCUCAGGGGGGGCGCCGAAGAACUGAACUGGCUUCCAGAAGCCCCAGUCUGGAGGGGCGGCAGGGGGUUUAGUCCCCCCAGAUGCGGUUCCCCACCCCCAGCCCCCGUGCGACAGAGGACAUAAGCACUGUUUUCACGAGCGCAGACGAGCGCAUUGGGGGCUUUCUUUUUUACGGGAAACAGGAAUCUGAGAACAACAGCCACACCGACCCUCCUCCCUCCGCCGCCCGCCUGCACUGGACUCCCGGCGCCUCCCAGCCCCCCACCCGUGCCCCCCAGCCCGGGCGAAAUCAGCGAGGAGACAAUAGCUACAGUGAAGUCUGCGACUCUCCCCCGCCCCGUUGCCUGGUUGUCUCUCUUUUUAUCACCUCCCUUCCAUUUCUACAGGGAAGCGCCUCGGUUUCUGUAUUUGUCUUAUUACCGAAAAACAAAUAUUCAUAAUGGAACUGUACGACACAAACGUAUCUCCCCCCCACGCUCGUCCGUUGCCCCCAUCCUUCGUUCUCUCCUCCCCCCACUCCCGCCGCACCCCGGUCCUGUUUUGUAAGACAGCACCCUGCCCGUUCCGAGCGCAGUAUUUAAUACCCAAUGUCCUAGUAUUCCAAAAGUUAACAUGCUGUAUUUGAAUUUUUUAUAGAUGUAUAUAUAAAAAAACAAACAAAAAAAUCCACACACACCCCCCCACCCCAAAACAGCCAACAACAACAAAAAACAACCCAGGAGAGAGGUUGUUCAUUAAACGUGAUCAUUUCGUGAUGACUGUCGGCCCCUGGA